CUAAGGGCACGAUUCCACAGUCAGCUAAACAAGGACUACGUAUAAAACCGCCCACGGGACAUAAUGUUUGAGCAUUUGGUGACUGCCGCACUCUGACAUCAACAUGCGGCGCUCGCUGGCUGCUCCGGUGGUUCUGCUCUUCCUCUUCUGCGGACCAGCACUGGCCGACCACCCUCCCCACAAGAGGCCUCCGAAGCCUCACACCGGCUACAAGGGUUCCCAUUCAGUCAAACCCAAAUACAGCUACGCUUACGGCAUCGACGACAAGCACGCCGGCAUCAAGCUGAACGUCAAAGAGAGGCGCGACGGAAAGUUCACAGAAGGAGAGUAUGUCACCAAACUUCCCGACGGAAGGAACCAGAAAGUUUCCUAUCACGUGAACGGAAAGUCAGGUUUCGUUGCGGAUGUGAAGUAUGAUGGAGUGGCGCGGCAUCCGGUUCCGAUUAAGAAGCCGGUGAAGCCGGGCAAGUACGUGCCCCCUAAGGUGGUAAAGCCGCCGGUUAUAACCUAUAGGCCCCCGGUGCCGCUGGCAAAGCCGAGGCCGCUGCCUUAUCAUCCUGUGAACACGCGGUAUAGAUAUGGUGAUGAUGAUGACGAUGGAUAUGUGUCAUAUAACAAUGGGUUCUCAAAGGAAGGAUUGUCGGGAUUUGGGCCCCAAGAUAUCUAUCGUGGAGAGCCGUAUGGUAAAGGGCUCGACAUUUCACCUUAUGAAAGGAGCACCAACCUUUUUCAGCAGCAGUUCUACCAGUAACGAGAGAAUAAAGUAUUUGCGGUGCAGCUGCUCACAUGUGAGAGGCUUUCUAUAAGAGAACGGUUUUGCUAAGUGGUUUGCAGAUGUGUGUCGUCUGUCGACUUUGUGCUUUCCGUCGCUUUGUCUCGUCUCUGUCGAUGGUGCUUUCUGGCGUUUGUGCUCAUUUGUUUGCACUGUGUGGCAUUGUUUGCUGUCUUGAUAAUAAUACAUGUCACGUCUACCACAACACGGGUAUCAGGUAUGCCUAAAAUCCAACGGGAAUACUAGUCUGCUGUUCGCUGAUCCUUUUCUGUACUCCACUCCUCUUCCCAUUACUUCUCUUCAUCCCGGUACACUCCACAGCAGACUGCAUUCAACAUCAUGCAAACAGGCGUAUU